AUGUCCGACUUGCCAUUUAAGUUGGUUAACAUGACGCAAGAUGAUCUAUUCGCUGAAAUAGAGAAUAUUUAUUUAGAAAUAGAACAAAAUCAUGCAGUCGCUGAAGAAAUUCCUUCUGAUAGCGAAUCAUUAGCCAGUAACAAGGGCGAAGAAGAAAGCGACACGGAAGCAACCAUCGGAAAUAAUGUGCUAAUAUAUUCAAGUAGUGACUCUGAAGAUGAUUUGCCUUUGAUAACAAUUGCUAGAAAAAUUCAAACAGCUGCAUUUGCCACACCUGCUGACAGAAAACCUCCAAUUUGGUCUAAUGUGGAAACUCCUGCUUCACCUCCAGAUUUUGCUGCUCAGUCUGGUUUAGCUGAUUGCGUGACGAAUAUGAUAGAUCCAACUCCGUGCAAACUGUUUCAGCUGUUUUUUUCUGAGAAUUUCAUAAAAGAUAUGGUUUUUGAAACAAAUUUGUAUGCUCAACAAAAGUUUAGCAAGCAUAAACCAACCGAUGUUCGCGAAAUAAAAACAUUUUUGGGGUUGAAUUUACUUAUGGGCAUAAAGCGCCUUCCGAGUUAUAGGGACCAUUGGUCCAGUGCGCCAGAUCUUCAUGACUCUUAUGUAAGUAAUCUAAUGUCAGUGAAGCGUUUUAGUUGGCUACUUGGUAACUUUCACUUGAACGACAAUUCACUGAUGGCAAAAAAAGGGGAAGCAAAUUACGACAAACUAUAUAAAGUAAGGCCAUUGUUGAUUUCUAUGGCAGAGGCUUUUGGCAAAUGCAUGCUGCCAAGUCGUGAAGUUGCCAUAGAUGAAUCUAUGAUAAAAUUUAAAGGGAGAAGCUCCCUCAAACAAUAUAUGCCAAAGAAGCCCACUAAAAGAGGGUAUAAAGUGUGGGUACUGGCAGAUAAAAACGGAUAUUGUCUAAAAUUUGAUAUUUAUACAGGAAAGCCAAGUGGUAAUGCCGAGAAGAACUUAGGGUCAAGAGUUGUCAAACAGCUAUGUGAAGGGCUAGAAAAUAAAAACCACCUUGUCUACUUUGACAAUUUUUUUAACGGGGUAGAACUUAUGGAAGAUCUAAAGAAUAUGAAUAUACAUGCCUGCGGCACUGUUAAUUCUUCUAGGGGACAUAUACCGAAUUUUAAAGCUGAUAAGAACAUGAAAAGAGGUGAAAUGGAGUGGUUUACGAGCAAUAGUGAUUUAUCGGUCAUUAAAUGGAAGGAUAAGCGUUCCGUUUUUCUUUUGUCCAACUUCCACGAUCCACGUGAUAUGCUUGAAGUGAACCGGAAAGAAAAGGAUGGAUCAAUUACCAAAGUACCCUGUCCAAAGGCACUUGCUGACUAUAAUGCAAAUAUGAAUUUUGUUGACAAGUUCGACCAAAAUUUGUCUUACUACAAAAUAGAUCGAAAAAGUCAUAAAUGGUGGCAUCGAAUUUUCUUUUUUUUUCUGGACGCUGCAGUUGUUAAUGCUUUUGUAUUAUAUAAGGGACUGCAGCUUCCACCUCUUUCUAUGAAAGAUUUCCGACGAAGUAUAAUAGAAGGACUUGUAGCAGAAGCUCUGGUGGCUAGAAAAAGAUCUGCUUCAAGUUUUGAAACUAUUGCUAUAAAGAAAAAUGAACCAUAUGUUUCCGAAGAAGUCCGAUUUGAAGGUUCGACACAUCAACCUGAACGUGGUACUCGACGUCGAUGUGCUAACUGUAGCACCAAAAAGAACCAAGUCAGAACGGAAUGGGUUUGCAGCGCUUGCAACGUGCCUCUCUGCUUAACUGAAAAUAAAACAUGUUUUCAAGACUUUCAUAGAAAUAAAUAA